UAGGAUCACGCGCGCCCGGGCGGCUUGGGCCGGGCGCAGCCAAUGGGCUGGCGGCGCCCGUCUGACCCGCGCCGGCGGGAGGGCGUGGGGAGGCAGGCCGGGCGCGCACGCUGCCGGGCUGUAUCGCCAUCCCUGCUGCCGCCGGGACGGGAAGUGAGCCGCCAGGGCCCACAGUGAGAUCCAGCCGCCGAGAGGGUCCUGCAGGCGCCCGGACCCGCACCCGGGGCGAAGCAUGGCGGCCGCCAAGGUUGAUGUUGACUCUGAGUUUGCAGAUUCCUCUUCUUUCCAUUGCCCACCGUCUCUGUUCCAGAGGUGGUUUUAACCAAGAGAGCAGAUCCAGCUGAGCUUAGAACAAUAUUUUUGAAGCAAUUAAGAUGCAUGUAAUCUUGCAAGGAUUCCUGGUGCAGGGAUGACAAGAACUGUCAGCCCGUCCGGCAUUCCUUCCUGGAAUUUGGCAGCCACCUCGGAGGAGAGCCUCUGUCUACCUUAGGGAGCCAUUCAUUGCCAACUGGUCAGAAAUGGUGUUGAAGAUGGACUUACUUACCAAGCUGUUCCCUGAUGACCAUAUGAUAAUCAUAUGCAAGCAUUGAAAAAAAUGGUGAAUUUUUUAUGUCUCCCAAUGACUUCGUCACUCGAUAUUUGAACAUUUUUGGAGAAAGCCAGCCUAAUCCAAAGACUGUGGAACUUUUAAGUGGUGUAGUGGAUCAGACCAAAGAUGGAUUAAUAUCCUUUCAAGAAUUCGUAGCAUUUGAAUCUGUCCUGUGUGCUCCGGAUGCUUUGUUCAUGGUGGCUUUUCAGCUAUUUGACAAAGCUGGCAAAGGAGAAGUUACUUUUGAGGACGUUAAGCAAGUUUUUGGACAGACCACAAUUCAUCAACAUAUUCCAUUUAACUGGGAUUCGGAAUUUGUGCAACUACAUUUUGGAAGAGAAAGAAAAAGACACCUGACGUAUGCAGAAUUCACUCAGUUUUUACUGGAAAUACAAUUGGAGCAUGCAAAGCAAGCCUUUGUGCAAAGGGACAGUGCCAGGAAUGGAAAAGUUACAGCCAUUGACUUCCGAGACAUCAUGGUUACCAUCCGCCCCCAUGUCUUGACGCCUUUUGUAGAAGAAUGUCUAGUAGCUGCUGCUGGAGGUGCUACGUCCCAUCAAGUUAGUUUCUCCUAUUUUAAUGGAUUCAAUUCACUCCUUAACAACAUGGAACUCAUUAGAAAGAUCUACAGCACUCUGGCUGGCAACAGAAAAGAUGUAGAGGUGACUAAGGAGGAGUUUGUUCUGGCAGCUCAGAAAUUUGGUCAGGUUACACCCAUGGAAGUUGACAUCUUGUUUCAGUUAGCAGAUUUAUAUGAGCCACGGGGACGUAUGACCUUGGCAGACAUUGAACGAAUUGCUCCAUUGGAAGAGGGCACUCUGCCUUUCAACUUGGCUGAGGCCCAGAGGCAGAAGGCCUCCGUCGACUCAUCCCGACCAAUUGUCCUGCAGAUUGCAGAGUCGGCCUACAGGUUUGGUCUGGGUUCCAUUGCUGGAGCUGUCGGAGCCACUGCCGUGUAUCCCAUCGAUCUUGUAAAAACUCGAAUGCAGAACCAACGAUCAACGGGCUCUUUUGUGGGAGAACUUAUGUAUAAAAACAGCUUUGACUGUUUUAAGAAAGUGCUACGCUAUGAAGGCUUCUUUGGACUGUAUAGAGGUCUGUUGCCACAGUUAUUGGGAGUUGCCCCAGAGAAGGCCAUAAAACUUACAGUGAAUGAUUUUGUGAGGGAUAAAUUUAUGCACAAAGAUGGUUCGGUCCCACUUGCAGCAGAAAUCCUUGCUGGAGGCUGUGCAGGAGGCUCCCAGGUGAUUUUCACAAAUCCUUUAGAAAUUGUCAAGAUCCGUUUGCAAGUGGCUGGAGAGAUCACUACUGGUCCCCGAGUCAGUGCCCUGUCUGUCGUAAGGGACCUGGGGUUCUUUGGGAUCUACAAGGGUGCCAAAGCAUGCUUUCUGCGGGACAUUCCUUUCUCGGCCAUCUACUUCCCAUGCUAUGCUCAUGUGAAGGCUUCCUUUGCAAAUGAAGAUGGGCAGAUUAGUCCCGGAAGCUUGCUCUUGGCUGGCGCCAUAGCUGGUAUGCCGGCGGCAUCUUUAGUGACCCCUGCUGAUGUUAUCAAGACGCGAUUACAGGUGGCCGCCAGGGCUGGCCAAACCACUUACAGCGGGGUGAUGGACUGCUUUAGGAAGAUACUGCGGGAAGAAGGCCCAAAAGCUCUGUGGAAAGGAGCUGGUGCUCGUGUGUUUCGAUCCUCACCCCAGUUUGGUGUAACUUUGCUGACGUACGAAUUGCUGCAGCGAUGGUUCUACAUUGAUUUUGGAGGCGUGAAACCCGUAGGAUCGGAACCGGUUCCUAAAUCCAGGAUCGUACUGCCCGCUCCCCAUCCUGAUCACAUUGGAGGCUACAGACUGGCCGUUGCAACGUUUGCAGGGAUCGAAAACAAAUUUGGACUGUACCUACCUCUCUUCAAGCCGUCCACAUCUGCGGCACAGGUCACCAGUGGAGGCCCGUAGUGGGAGCAGCCCCAGGGUGCGGCUGCAGCUCUGUCCACUGUGGUAGAGAACACCUCACCUCCGAUGGAAACAGUGUUUGCCUCCUUUCAUUUCCAUCUCUUGUUUAAAUUCGAGUCUUUUUAUAAGGUGAAAUCAUUCAUUUUCUAUGUGCUUUCUUAACCAGAGCGUUGUGAAAUUACUCCUAAUUAUUCUUUGGGCCUCUGCUCACACAUCUCUGUUUAUAGCUGACAUUUACUGGGAUUUGGUCAACACUAACAUGAUUUGGGGAGAAGGAGCAAGUCUGAAUAGAAACUAGUGCUGCUCUCCUCAGAUUAGGAUUAUACUCCCAAAGAGACUACUGAAUGGCGAUCAUGGUGCUCAGAGCAAAGUGCUUCAUGCAUGUUUAAACUGGUAGGAAGCUGGGUACAUAUUUAUCACAAUAAAAAAACACUGGAAGAAAUGAAAACAAAAUCAUCAGAAAUAGCCAGCCUUGGCUUCAGAUUUUAAACAUGUACGAAUUCUGUUCAUGGAUUAUAUUAUGAAGAUUUUAUGUGAAACCAUUUUUUUUUUUUUUUUUUUUUUUUUUUUGGUGUCACGAAAACCACAUUGAAGAUAUCAUACUCUGUUAGUAGUACCAAGACUUAUCAGGCAGAUGUCUUUGUAGUCAGGGAAGUCCUUUUGGUAUUUUAUUCUAUAGACAGAGAAACUAUGAGACGCAGCACCUCUCCUGGAUGUGCUGAUUUGGGGCAAGUUCUCAUAUGAUGCAGUGUGAUGAUCACUGCCUAUUUCAGGAAACAUUGCAGGGAAGGGCACAUCCCUCAUACUCGUAUCUACUUCACUGCCCCCAUCCCCUGCCCCCAGCAGUCGACACCUGUUUGCUUUCAAAAUCCCACUUGUCUUGAAUCAUGUGUAAGACAAAUAUAUUCUAAUACACGUUUUUAUUUAAUUUGUGGUGCCUUGCAUCAUGGUCAGAAGGCUCAAGCGUUUGUGAAGGAGGAAAUAAACUAUUUUUAAAGCUA